AUGGAAGACAAACUCAAACAAAUAAACAUCAUCACACUCUGCGUCAGUGCAGAUGAUAUUGAGAUUACAGCAUAUUUUCCAAAUGCAAUCAAACCUAUUACACAGGCCACUAUUUCCCCAUCUGUACAUAAAACCAAAAUGUCCCAAAACAAACCUGACAGUAUCCACAAGAAGGUUCCUGGUCAAUUACAUGGGGAACACUGCCUUGUGAGAGGUUGGCAUGCCUUAGGUCAAAAGGACAUUGAUAAGUUUGAUCCUGAUGCAGAUACAGUCAAAAACUUCAAUGCAGUAAUAAAGUUGAAGUUUAAACUUCAACUUUUUUAUCGGGUCAAUGUCCCGAUGAAAUCUGUAGACCCUACCUAUUAUCAAGAUGCUCAGGAGCUUAAGAAACAUCUCAUAGAUUUGCAUCCUGCUUAUGCUUCCCUUACACAAAAAGACAUUCUUGUAUAUGAUGGACUGGAGGUACUGUGGAGUGUUUGGUCUCAGAUUCACUGUGAUCCCCAGGAUCCAACAUUCUCCUGGGCUGCAUUAUGUAUCUUUAUUAAUACCUUCACUGGAGGAGAGUUAUACAUGCCUAAUGUGGGGCUGUGGGUGUGCAUGCAGCCUGGUGAUAUUGUUCUCAUCAAAGAAAGAGUUGUCCGAUACUGUAUUGAAGAGUGGACUGGGGAACAACAGAUCUCUAUUCCAAUUUUUACUCAUACUAGUGUCUGGAAGAUAGUGAAAGAGUUUACUGACUGCCUGCAACCAGAUAAAGCCACUGGUGAUGAUUAA